CGUGCUGACGUCAGGCGCGUGCCCCUGUCCGGCAGCCGAGGAGGCCCCGCGCACUGCUGCCAACGCCCCGGCGGAGAAGCUGAGGUCAACGUAUAAUUUGAAAUAUUAAAAGUGGAUACAAAACUAUUUCCGCAAUGCAGACAAUUAAGUGUGUUGUUGUUGGUGAUGGUGCUGUUGGUAAAACAUGUCUCCUGAUAUCCUACACAACAAACAAAUUUCCAUCGGAAUAUGUACCAACUGUUUUUGACAACUAUGCAGUCACAGUUAUGAUUGGUGGAGAGCCAUAUACUCUUGGACUUUUUGAUACUGCAGGGCAAGAGGAUUAUGACAGACUACGACCGCUGAGUUAUCCACAAACAGAUGUUUUUCUAGUGUGUUUUUCAGUGGUCUCUCCAUCCUCAUUUGAAAAUGUGAAAGAAAAGUGGGUUCCUGAGAUAACUCACCACUGUCCAAAGACUCCUUUCUUGCUUGUUGGGACCCAAAUUGAUCUCAGAGAUGACCCCUCUACUAUUGAGAAACUUGCCAAGAACAAACAGAAGCCUAUCACUCCAGAGACUGCUGAAAAGCUGGCGCGGGAUCUGAAGGCUGUCAAGUAUGUGGAGUGCUCCGCCCUCACACAGAAAGGCCUAAAGAAUGUGUUUGAUGAAGCAAUAUUGGCUGCCCUGGAGCCUCCAGAACCCAAGAAGAGCCGCAGGUGUGUGCUGCUAUGAACGCCUCUCCAGAGCCCUUUCUGCACAGCUGGUGUUGUCAUCAUACUAAAAGCAAUGUUUAAAUCAAACUAAAGAUUAAAAAUUAAAAUUUGUUUCUGCAAUAAUGACAAACGCCCUGCAUCUACCCACAUGCACUCAUGUGAGACAAGGCCUAUUGGUAUGGCCCCCUUGCCCUUCCAGUAAUAGUUAAUUUUGAAUAAUUGUGUAUUGUCUGAAAAGUGAUGAGUGUUAGUUUUUGUUUCCUUGUUUAAAACAACAACAGCAAAUCCCCACAAAUGUUUUGUUUUGUUUAAAAGCAAGGCAUGCGUGUGAUGACUGUAACAGACUAAUUCCAAUUGUCACAGUUGCUCCCUGCUUCCAUUUUGGAGAGAAAUCUGGGGCAUCUUAGUGUCUUUUGUUUUUGGUUUUGUUUUUUCCCCCCAACCCUUCUCUCCUUUUGGGAUGUGUGUGGGGUUGUUUCUUAGUCUUGUUUUUAAAAAUUUGUUAACCAGAGGACAGCCUGUGGGGGAGGAGGACAGGUUAUUUCCACAUUCCACUCCCUAGGUCUAGUUUAGCAAAUAUGUCCCCACCUGGUGCUCUUAGGAAGGAGUAUAGAAAUGCCUCGUUUAAUAACAUACUCCUUCUUGAAAGUUGCCUUUUCUCUCCACCCUUAAGUGGAUCCAGUCUUUGAUGAAACUCAUGACGGUGGUGGAAGCUGUCUUGCCCCUCUUUCUAGGAUGCACUCUAUAUGUGACUGUGACUUUCAAGGGUAUUUGUUUGCCAUUUGCUGAUACAGGGAGGGGGGGGGAUAAUUUCUAACUAAUUUCAUUUAUAAAUGAAAAAAAAGUAUUGCACCUUUUGAAAUACACCAAAUGGAUCGAGUUCCUAAUUAAAAAAAAAAAAAAAAAAAAGAAGUUCUUUUGCCCCUGUCAGUCAUUUUCUUAUAUGCUUAGCAUAGAUUUACAACUCACUGUGUAGUGUUCCUAGAUUCAGCUGAAGACCUGGUACACCGGGUUCCUUAGGGGAUGGUGCUGGAAGACACAUGCUUACUGAUGAUUGCCACCUCAUUUCAGGUGAUGAGGUUAUAGGUCUGCUUCAUUCAGAAGCUAUGAGCAUGUGGGGUGGGGAGCAUACUUUUAACCAACAUGGGGACCAGUCAGGGCUGUCCCCUUUUUUUCUUUCAUGCCUAUGAGGAACCCUUGAACAACUGGCCGAAGCUCUCUCAAGAAAAAUGGCGGGAGCCUCAUGACUCUUCAUAAGUGUUAAUAGAGACUUUAUCAGGCUAUUUUGUUUGCAGGUUCCAGUUUUUAAAAAUGUUUAGGUAAUCUCCUUCCCUAGUCCUGAUCUUGUGGAUUUGUUAGUGCUGAACCAUAUUGCUUUCUUGUGUCUCAACUCUUUGUAUAUGAAUUCUUUUCAGAUGUAUUAAACAAACAAAACCCUUCACAA